GUUGAUUGUUUAGGCUUACGCCGCUUGUCGCGCUGCGAGGAUUGGCUUUGCAUGGCGUUCCCUUGGACACAGGGAAGCGCCACUCCCUUCGCAUGCCACGCGCUGGCCAAGACACGCGGCCCAUAUUCGUCCCGGGCGCAGCGCGGAUGGCCGCGUGGUAGGGAGCCGAGCGAGGUGCUAGUGCGUAGGCCUUGCGUCUACGGCGGGGGCCACCCGGAAUCGCCGGAGGGCGCCUCUGACCCACUUUGCGUACGAUCAAAACAAAGCGCGCACACAGCCGCGCGUUUUUCCCACGGCAAACCUGCGUCACAGGAGCCGAGUACUGGAAGCGAGCUGGCCUCCAGUGGAGGAGCGGGCGUGUCCGCGGUGGUGGCGGCAGGGGGUGCGGCGCCCCCCCAGCCGCCUCCGCCGCUGGCCCUCAAGGAUGUGCAGUGUCCCAUCUGCCUCAAGGUGUUCAGCCGCAAGUUUUCCCUCGAGAUGCACUUCCUGAUCCACCAGGGACUCAAGCCGUACAAGUGCCAGUUCUGUGGGCGCUGCUUCCGCCAGAAGGGCACCCUCAUGCGCCACAAGGCCAUCCACAGUCAGACACCGUCGUACCGCUGCGGCCUGUGUGACAAGAGCUACCGCCAGAAGAAUGUGUUCCUGCACCACCUCCGCAACCGGCACAAGGUGUCCACGGACGUGCUCGACCGGCGGCGCUGCCACAUCAAGAACAAUGCUGGCGGCGGUGUCAUGGAGGCGGUUCCCGCAGCGCCAUUACCACCGCCAUCGUUGAGUUCGGUGUGCCUGCCUCCGCUGAGUCCGCCCGAGCCACCACCAGGCGAGGCCGCGCCACCCGUGAUGUUGCGCAUCUCAGAGCGCCAGCAGGCCCUACCGCCGUCCUCCGCCGCGUUGUCCAUGUGGCAAUGCCCCUUCUGUGCCUUCGAGAGCGCCCACGACCCCGAGAUCUGCCGCUCGCACCUGCUCCAGCACGUGGGAGAGCCAGCAGACUGUCCGCUCUGUCCGCGGCAGCUUGCCUCACCCCAGGAGCUGGCGGCACACCUGCGCGAUUUCCAUGAGAGCGCAGGCUUGGCUCCCAUUCUGACCAACCAGGCUGUCGCAACGGCAGGUCGUCCCCCAGACGUGACCUUCACCUGCAUUCCGUGCCAGAUGGAGUUCAGCAGUGAAGAGGACUUUGAAUGGCACGUGCGCACGCACGUGCAGAGUGUUCUCUCUGAGCCGCCCGUAGCAGCGCCACGGCCCCCCCUGCCGCCCAGCACAUCCACCAGUGAGGGACCCCUCGACCUGACCGAGGCGCGACCGGCUGCAGCGCCACCUUACUCUGCACCGCUUCCGAUCAAAUUGGAGGCAGAGACUUCGCGCAGCUUGUCGUCCUCUCCACGGUUUCCGCACAAGCAGCAGCAGCAACAGCAGCAGCAGCAGCAGCAGCAGCGCCGUCAGCUCCUGUGCGUCGAGUGUGGGAAGCUGUUUGGCUCCAAGGCGCUCUACCGGUACCAUGCGCAGCUGCACUUGGAUGUCCAGGGGGUGACAUUCAGGUGCCCGCAGUGCCGGCGGCGGUUCUCUCGCAAGGGGGAGCUGCUCGCACACACACGGCAGCGCCACCUGCGGCGCUUGCCGUGCCUUCGGUGCGGCCGCCAGUUCAGCUACCGGUGUCUGCAGCAGGCGCACAUAGCUCGGUGCCAGGGCCCGCCAUCGCUCUGCAUCCCUGUGGUGGACGUGCAGGCGGCGCGCGGUGCACUCGGUGCCAGCCUCCUCGGCGUCAUUCCUCUGGUGGCGCCUGAUGGGCAGGAGGCCAGCCCGCUGCUGGGAGUCCCCGUACUGGCGCCGGACUGCCUGCCGCUCAAGAGCCGGCUCAACGGGCUGCACAUCUCAGCACGAAUCGGGCUCUAGUCUUCCACCAGCCCCCCCACUGCUGGAGUACAAAAAGAAAGGGCCUCCACCAGGGAGCAAGGAUGGACAGAACAGGGGUAAAGAAAAAACUCCUCUUCAUGGGCACAAGCGUGUGCCGGCGACCAGAUAACGUCACAGAAAAAAAAAGUGUAAGGCCUGUGGGGCAGAGGAAUUUGGACUGAUGGCAUCUAGCAAUGUCACAGAACUAUAACAUUUAUGUACCAUGAUGAGGUCACAUUGCGCUGGCACCACCUGGCGACACGAACUCAAAGCAAGUUUCGUUGCUCGAAAUGUUGCUGCACAUAGCACGGACAGGAGGCUCAGGCAGGGGAGCGCAGGUUGGUGGCAUCUGGUGGAAUUGUACACGAGCUGCCAGCCCUGUGGUGAUAUCGCUCACCAGCACCAGGUGGCGCCAUCAUGUGACAGGCUUUAGGUGCUCGGGAGCAUUUGUGGCAUUAUCUGGUCGUGCUGGAGUGUGGAGUUUCCUCCGGCCCCAAUCGAUUCUUGCUUCCUGGCUUCCGCCAAAGACUCCCACUGGGGGCCCCGUGCCAAAGGCGUCUUCCAUCCGCCGUCAUCACAGUGCUCCUCCCCGCCCGUCCAGAGAAUUGAGAGAGCAAUAACUGUCGCGAUGCACUAGGAACGCCAUUCGACCCGGUGAAAGAGACUUUGCCAGCCCCCUGCUCUACCUCAUUGUUUUGUUACACUAGACUGCUGCAGCGUGGAAGUGAGAGAACGCAGCAGGCUAUACAUGAAAGCAGGGUUGGGAACCUCCCAUACAGAUUUCCGUGGCAGGCCGUUGCCUUUUCAUUGUCACCUACAUGUAAUGAUGCUGCUUCCAAAGGCAAUGUAGGGCACAGUUGCAAGCUGUUUAUUUCUAUACUGUAUGAGAGUGGUAGUAAAGUAAUGGCACUAGGCUUUAACCAAGUGUUGCCUAAAUAGCAGCAGCAGCAGCAGCAAGUGUAUGCAACUCUUCCAAAUGUGUCACUGGCUACUUCGGGCUGAAAUUUCACACAUUAGCUAUGUGUUUACUACUUUGCAGUGGGUUAAGUUUGGCGCCACAUCUUUGUGCAAAUACUGGGCCUGUUUCAUCCAUGACAAGUCCAAAGUGCAUGUGUAUCAACCCCUGCGCUGCGGCGGAGCGAUGGUGCGGUUUGUCAUUUCGGCAUUGAAGAAAUGAUAGAUGGCACCACCGUUGCUUUGCAGUGUAAUCAGCCUUCUUUUCUUUUUUUAUGUAGCAUCGCAACAGGAAAUAUGUGCCUCAGAUUUAUUGUGGAUGAAAUAGAGGGCAGGUAAUGCAAGCGAGUAUUGUAUUACGCUGAGCCGACUGCGAAAUGCUGCCACAGCGCGAAAUUCGGGUGCAAGCAAGGUAGUGGUUUCUACCGAAGAUCCAUAUGCACUCCUCUUUAGGUGUAAUGGAAUCAAGCAGGUUUUACAGAAAGCACAGCUGAGCACAUUAUGUAAAAUAUUGUUUUUGCAGACUCUCGCAGCACACAGCUUCACUUUUCCCAGGGCUGUGAGAUACCAUCUUGAUGAAGUUGUUAGGGCUGGGCGAUUAACCGUCUCUUUAAAUAGUUAUUUUCUUCCAGUCAAUCUUCAGUUGCACUCCCGUCAUUUAGGUCCGAGUAAGUGCAAUUAGUGGAGCAUGGUCUCGCGCCCUCAACUUAUUGGUUUCCUUGUUCAAAUACCUGCACACUAUUGCAUCAGAAUGCAGGGUUUAGUUCAUUUGUCCUGUACUGUCUGUAGUUGGACUAGUUAUUAUCAAAUCAUUGGGCAGGAGGAACGAGAAAAACCACAUAGCAUGAAGAAAAGAGUGACACAAACAGUGCAUCGUUUGUAUCAUCCACUCAUUCCCUUAUGUUGUUUUUUGUGCGUUGUGCCCACUUUCAAACUAGUUUAACUUUUUGCUGGAUGCGCUCUUUGUUUAACGGUAAGAACUGUCCAAUUCUAUACACAUAAUGCCCCCCCUCUGUUCUUUAGGAGGCUUAUUGUCAAAGUCGGCAUGAUCUAUUGAUAUAUAUUUAGGUUGGCUAAACCAAUUAACAAUUCAAUUAGUUGGUAACAGAAUGUUGCUACAUUGCACUUAAUAAGUGCAAGACUAUUUUAACAACUUAGUAAAGCCUUUCGUACCUGAUAGUAGGAGGUACUGCUUCUUAAAAGUAUCCAGAUAUAAUUCAAAUUAAUUGAUUUGGUACAUUCUGUGUGGUGCUCCCUGAUUCUGACGCAACCUGAUAACAUUCUUUGAAGUGCCAGUUUACACAUUCUUCUGCCACUAAUUCUUGCCACUGUUCAUGCUGCAAGUUUCAACCAAAAGUAGUGUGACAAUAGUUCUUAUUUUAUUAGCUCUGUGCAAACAGAAUGUUGAUGUGUGCAGGAAUUCCAUGUUACUUUAAUAGUCCAACAUGACAUUACUUGAAAAAAGAUAUAUGUAGUCAAGCACCUUGGCUAUGUGCUUAGAAUUACGUUUACUUCUGUAUGCUAUCAUAUUGUAGAUGUUUAUCUUCUGCUUGCUUUAUGUAUGAUUUCUGCUGCUUAAAUGAAACCUUGCGGUGCUGUUAGAGUGUGUUACGUCUAUCAAGAUUGUCACAUGUGACUGAACUUUAAUUAUAGUUAUUUAUCGAAAUCUGCAGUUAUAUCAUGGCACAGAAUGUGGAGCACAAUUGGAAUCUGAUUAUCUGUAAUGUAAUUAUUUCUCUAGCAUUAGUACAAUUGUACUUGGUUGAGAAAGCAGUGCAGAUUAGGGCUGAUGCUGUUACUAAAAAUAAGGAAGUGUCUCAUGGAAGCAACAUCAUUUUCCCCAAAUGGUAACAAGUGUACUUGAGUAGAACUCGUUCUUGGGCAUGUUUGGCGCACUCUUUCUAGAGUAAGUUCAGUGAGACGCAAAUGGUCACACAUACAAAAAGAUACUAGACAAGCGGUAACUGAAAGUAGUUGUUAGUUAGCGCUCAUCCUUUUUGUAUGUAGAGUCGUCUGCUUUGCGCUAAACCUACUUUGAAAAACGAGUACACCUACAAAAGAAUCGAAAACUGGGUAGAUCGGAAUGCUUCCGUUCAGUUGCAGCUCUAAACAACUGUUGGCAAGAAAGCAAUCGCUAGGCACGCACCGUCUUUCCGUCGUUUCGACUGAAGGACAGCGUUUGUCAGUCUUCUGCUUGCCAUCCGAGUCCUUCGGCAUCGUAACACCACGAGCGCACAACUUUACCGCCAGAACUUGCAGACCUUACCGGUCCCACUUGUUCCCAUGCCGCAAGAAACGCUCAUGCGUUGGGAAGAGACCGCUUGCUUUCAGUGCAGCUAGCGAUCGCGUUGUGCCCCACUGCCUCUACCACACUGCGCCGAACUUGAGUGGCGUCCUAGUGCACCGCGGCGAACAAUUUUUUUGCGACUGCUUUCUUUCGUUGCACGAACUGGAGAAUCUCCUCAGAGAACAAAUUAUAUCGUUUCAUUUUUUUGUUGUUUGUUUCUUUUUAGCUUGUGUGCCUUUAGCUUGCGCGGCAUGUCGUGGAGAAGAGAGAAGAAGAAGAAAAAAAGAUUUUAGGAGGGGCAUUAUUUAUUGCGCACACUCCUCAAGUGUCUUUUUUGUCACGCAGACUUGCAUCCCCUGUGGACAAAAAAAAUAUAUAUAUAUACAUGUGAAAAAAAAAGAAAGCCUUCCCAUUUUCCCCUCAUUGGGUCGGCACCUUCUCAUCCGGCCUACCAGGGAGGUCACACACAUCAUGGCCAGGCCCGAAAUAAGUGCUCAUAUCACACACUCGUCGCAGUUGUUUUUUGUUGAAACGGUGCUGCUGCCCACUGCACUUUUAAGUGAACUCUGGUUUGGGCCUGCACCAAAGGGGACACAUAGGAGCACUUGUACUAGACCGGGCCAGUAUAUGGUAAAGGACUGUCCUUGACUAUAUUCCGGUUAACAAAGUUUUUUGUAUCGCAACGAAACAGACUUCGCUCUACCGUGGCUUGUUUGGAUAUGCAUACUUGUUUUGUUUAGCUUUUUUUUUCCCUUUCUUUUUUUCACGGAGGCCGUGUACAACAAGCUGUUUUUGGUCGCAAUGAGCUUUAUGAACACCUUCGCGAGCCGCUUGUCAUUUACAUUGUGCCGCGUUAUGCGCCGUUGACAUCGUUGGCAGUGCAAGAACUGUGCUGGCUGGGAGACUUGAUAUUCCAGCCAUGGUCGCUUGUUGCAAGCAGUUGAGCUGUAUAGAAACGUGGCUUGUCGUCUGCGAGGUUGUAUGUUGCCGCCGGUCCCUGCUUGGGUGUUUUGGCUCUGGUCGUUGUAGGACAGUGUUCUCAGUGAAAGCGCCUGAAUAGGAGUUACAACCUGAACGUGACUUGUGUGAGACUGCUGUUUGCAGGCAUCGUGGAUGUUGACUCUGUGAGGGGGGUGCAAGCUGGGCCCGAUUCGUGAAGCUUUUCAUUCGUAAGGACUGUUGCUCAUUGACCGGUGCCUUCACUGGUACAGAAUUGAUCAUGACAAUUCAACGGCACUAGAUCUUGCAAAUUGCUUGUGCCAUCUCUUGUUGCUAAAGCUCUCAAUUCAUAAGAACUGAUUCUCUUUUGACUGGUGCUUUCACAGGUUCACCAUUCACUUCGACAAUUGGCCGACACUUGCUCUUGCAAGGUGUUCCUGCGGGCUGUUGUUGCAAGCAAAACAGCUUCACAAAUCUGGGCCUUGCAUUGCUGAUGAAAGGGCAGAUUGAUGUAGCACGAUGUCUAAGCUUGCAUUAAUACGCUUUUUGUAAGUGCUUGCAAAUUAACUGAUCAAGUGAUUCUGUGAUGCACCCAUGAUGAGUUGUAUUGGCCCAAGUUUUUAAUAGAAUUCCUCUGGAGGCCUCCUUAAUUAAGGGGAGGUAAUUGGAAGCACCGAUGCAGGAAGUCUGCAAAAAUGCGUGUGAUGUUUUUCUUUUUCUUUUUUUUUCAGAGCUCAGGUAUCUUGAAAGGCUUGGUGCCUACCAUUCCACCUUUUAUUUUUUUUUCUUACUAUUAGUUUUGUUUUGCUUGAAACGUCAGCUUGAUUUGGCAAGGGUCAAAAGACGUUCUUGAAAAGAGUGCAGGCUAUACCUGUGCAUUUUGUGCAUCACAUCAUCACCACUUCAUAGAGCUGCCUACCCGUCCUACAGAGAGGUCAGGCAGCUCAUUAGAGGGCAGAGACAUCAAGAUUUGGCCUCACGUUAUCCUUAAAAGGAAUUCACGUGCAGUAAUUGACUAAAUGAUGGUUCACAGCAAUGAACCCUAAAACAUGGCGCCUCUGAGGGUUCGUCUUGAUUUCUCAAACUAUCUAGCAUCGUGUAAUGGUAAUCUACAGCAAAGCAUUGUUGAACAAAAGUGCACGGUUGACAGCAUGUGUCAAGGACACACUAGCGUAUGUGCAGAACAUGCAGUAGUAUGUGUGCGUACACACAGUCUGUUGUAUACACACAGAUGCGUGCAAUAACAUGUACGCAAUAUAUGCACCUGCGUCCAUAUGAAUACAUUCAUGUUCACAUGUGUACGUAUGUUCGAGUGCAUGUACAUGUGUGCGCUCAUGUGUACAUUUAUGUGGACAUGCAUACUGCAUACAUAUGUGCAGAUAUGUGUAAAAUGUGUGUAUUAUCCGUGGCGCAAGCUUACGGGGUGCAGUUUCUGCAAGAAACUUGAAUCUCUGUAUAGUUCGGGAAUGCAGUCCUUCAUUACACACCGCUGCAGGCUGCAACUCUAAAAUCUUUGCCAUGUGCGCAGGCCUCACAAACAUUUGGUUUCUUUGCAGAACCUGUUGUAUGUAAACCUUUAUUGCUGACAGUAGAGCAGCCUCAAAAGUGGAGGCUGGAAGUGAGAGAGCUCCACUUUGCACGUGCGCAUAACGUGCACCAGAGCCAGCAUCAACACCAAUUGUUUCUGUUGGAAGAAACAGCAUCGUCGCAUUGAGGAUAUGACGUCUGAUGUGAAAAUCAAAACCACUCGGCAGAAGGGGCCAGUAGGAAAUCUUGCGCCCAUCUAGGAAACUUGUGUUAUACUCCAGGUUUAUUGGUUGCACUUCGUGUUAUUCCCUCCAAAAAGAACAAGAGCUGAUAUCUUGAUGUCUCUGUCCCAUCAAGUGUGCUUUGCAAGGUACAAACAAAAUGGGGCCUCAACACGUUUUGUAGGCUGAGAGAAUGCCUUCCGGUGUCGGGGCGGCAUGAGGGCUGUUUUUAUUCCCCCCCCCCCCAACAUGCGAACGGCAUUUAGCUGAAGGGUAGCACAAGCCCAGACAAGGCAUGCGAGUCACAGGCAUACCCAGCAAUUCAGAGCAAAAGUUUUCAUUUCGUCACCGACAGAGCCUCAUGACGGCAAAGCCUAACAUAGCUUUUGAAACCUUAGUUCUGCUGACCACGUUGUAUAGAGCUACUUGUAACCAACUUGCGUAAUCAUAACUAUGAACUGUGCUUCAUCAUGCCAGUCUGUGCCACGUUGUUCUUUGUGAAAAAUACAGUGACACCAGACCUUUUUGUGCUUCUGACUCAUCUUUGUGCAUUCAUUCCUUUUUUCUUGUUUUAUCAUUUAGAUUUUAGAUAAUGCAACACCCAGUGCGGUGCCUUAUUGCAGUGAGAGGCAUUCAUUAAUGUUGCCAUGUGCCUCGUUCCACAUUACGCUACGUUCAGUUAAUGAUUCAGCGGAACCUUAUCCAAGGAAGCCCGACCCUCUGGCGUAAUUGGGAAAUCGGUUAGAUGUGCCCCGAAAAAUCUUCCGCGUGUUCAAAAUCUGAGGAAGUUGAGGCGGACGCCAGAGGCUGUGUAGAUAGAAUCUAGCACUCGUAGGAAUGGACUUGUUUGUCUCAACAUUGCUGGUGGAUGGCAUAGUCUGUUUUACAUGCUGCCUUUCAAAUUCAGAACAGGAAGUCAAACAAGGCUGAGGAUGACAGAAAAGUGGAGACUUGAAAUGAUCAAAAGUGGAGCCAUCAUUUUGGCAAGCGAGCUUGCAUUUGUCAAGGCGAAGACAAAUCAGAAGGACAGAAAGUCGGGCGAAUUGGUAUGGCUUUAUUUGUUGGCAAUGAAUGGGACAAGAAAGCACAAGGACAAUGGAAGAAAAGAAGAAAAAAUAGAGACAGAGGCAUUUGCAUGUGGCAGUUUUCGUCAUGCUCGAGUUUUCUCUUGCUUUUUGUGUCGCAAGUGAAGCUUCAAGACACAGCAAUUAGAGUGGUGUCAAAAUGCUGUCGUCAGACAUAUACAAAAUGGCAUUAAGUAGAAUUUAGCCACCCGCGUUUUUAAUGGUACUAUACAACUACUGCCAUCGUUUACGGACAGGAAGUCAUUUGACUGCUUUUAACAAAACUAGAGAAUGUUCCCUUUCUUCAACACUGAAAAGUGCACUCGGCGGCCGCGUUAUGCAAAAGUAGCACCGAUGGGAAGCAGUGAUGGGGCGGGAUUCCUUGGCUAGUCAGUGCAAGUUAGAACCAUUAUCUGCAAAUGUUAUAAUUUCUGAUUUCGGUUCCCGCUUUUAUCAAUCCCAAUGGUAGACCUGGAGCAGGCUUUCUUGCUCCGCACCGGACUUUGUUUUCCGUCACAGCGGCCACAUUUCGAUGGGGGUGAAAAGCAGGAACACCCGUGUACUCAGAUUUAGGUGCACAUUAAAGAACUCCAUUUGGUCGAAGCUAAUCCAGAGUCUCCCACUAUGGCAUGUCUCAUAGUUGUCUCAUAAAUAUCACAGAAUGGCUGAUUCAGGUUUGGUUUAUGCACUCCGCUUGAUCUUCUUCUAUAAUGGACAUUGCCGAACUGUAGUGUAUAUGCACACUAAUAGAAAUUGCUGUUCGGUGUCUCUUAUUGAGCCUCAGUCAGCUUGGAAUGAAUUGGUCAUAAUGGUUGGCAGUAUUGCGGGUGAUUUGAAUGGCCUUUUCUCUUUGAUAGAGGUAUUUAAACAGCUUCUUGCAGGAUGUUCCCUAGUGGCUUGUGCAGAUGUGUGGAAGAUGUCUGCUAGUUCAGAUUUUGGCUAACUUAUCUGCUUGCCAUCUCUAGGUGGCAAGCAUUUGAAGUUUAAUAAGGCUGCACUAACACGACAUUGUCGAGCACAUUUUCUUGAAAGAUAGCUGACGUAGGCACUCUGUAUACAUGAGGCAUGAACCUAAAGGCCUAACCAAAGAAUUGCACUAAAUGAAAGGUUGCACUUUAUGAAUUGUCUGACACAGUUGCCAUGCGUCAACAUGUGCAAAGUGUCAAAGGCUUAAUUUUUUAGCUGAGUGGAGCGACAUCUCCCUGACUUUGGCGUUAGCUCCCACCUGGUUUUCUAUGGAGCACUGUUGCUUGGCUUACACUCAUUUGUGCCUUUGUUAGAUUUGGCAGAAUGAUCAGUGAAUUGAAGGUAUUUAAUUUUACCAAUGCAAUUGCAUUGCUUCACAGUUAUGCAGCAUGCGUGUCAUGAUGCACGGCUAGAGACAUGUUCUUGGAGGGAACGCUGAAAAACUUCCCUUGUUUGCCUUCGAGACUUAGUCGGCUGGACUACGCUUUACACUUGUACCUGCAGUUAUUUAUAAAUAUUUUAUUGAAUCAUAGUUAGAUAUUACUUAUAUUUGGAGUAUUUUGUAGAGAGGCUUGUUAAUGAAUUAUUUAAGCAAAGCCAUUCACAAAUCUGAGUUUGUUUGUGCCUUGGGGAAACAUUUGCAAGAGCGCCCGAAGGUUUACAAAAGUGUUGGGUUUGGCACGUCUUGCACCGUACAGCCGAUAUGUGCCGAGAAUAAAAUUGCUUUGAACGAAAAUGGGUUUGAUAAGCGACCGUCGCAGUUAUGAAAUGCGGCAGGUCAGACUCGCUGCCUUGUCUGGAUCUGAGUGUGCCCCCUUCAUCAUCAAUCAAGGGCAAGGUUAUUCCAUGCCCGAAACACCAUCUGCGCUUUCUAGUCUAACAAGAGUGUUCAGCCACAAAGGAGGCAUCGCACACGGACACACACGGACACACACACAAAUCGCACAUGCGUGCAUCUACACAGCCACGCACGCUACACACACACACACACGCACGAACCAAAACUGACCAAGUACCUGAGAGAUUGGCGCCCGGGUGGUGUCCGGCUAGCGUUCCGGUGAAAUGAAGCCUGUUGUCUUGUUGUCUGUUCAUGUCCUGCUGCUACUCGCUGUUGUGAAGGGGAGGCAAUCUUGUGUAAGCGGGGUGCGGGAGACAAGUGUGUCGUGUAUGGUGGGGCCGAAGAGCCAAAAUCAUGCCUUGUUCUGUAAUACUCCUCUUCUGAUGAAGCUGUUGUUCACUCGAUGUGUCUGGUGGUGUUAGGAGAGAUGUUCUCAGGGUCAUAACAAUUUGCUGUUUCUCGCGCGCACGCGCAUGGUCGUGCGAAGCAGAGGCAUUUUUUUAACUUGUCACGUACGACGACGACGACGACGCCCACUUUGUUGUACAUAGAAGGAUUGGUAUAUAUUUAUUGUUGCCACACACAUACUAUGUUUUUUCUCUCCCAUCUAUCCCUUCCCCCUCUUUUUCUUCCUUUCUCAAUUUCUCACAUUCUCUCUUUCACAAACACACCAAUGGCUUGCUUUGUUUUAAAGGACAUUUCUUCACUUGGAACAACUCAUUCCUAAGAAUACUUUUUUGUUGCCCGUGCUUUUUACAUUUCCUCCCUCCCUCAUAAAAAGAAAGUUAUUUUUACCAUACUCGUGUUUUUGCAUACUUGUUUCGUAAGAAAAAAAAAUAUGAGAUAUAUUGUAUACUUGAAGUUAUAUAUAUAUAUUAUAUACAUGCUAUUAUACACACACGUUUUACCACAAUCGUGUUUGAUACCAUGGUAUAGAUUUACAUAAAAACGAUGUGCAUUUUGGAGUGUGUGUGUAUGUACACAUAUAUUUUUUGUAUGGCAAGAUCAGUCCACAGCUGUGUGGGAAAGCUUUUUAACAAGUGUUGUACGAGGACGCACGUGGCGAAGCGCCGAGAGAACAAAUAACAGGAAUAAAGCAUUCGCUCAACAGCA